AUGUCAAAUACAUCUCAAACAUUCAUUCAGUAUUUAAGAUCGAAAUUUACUUGUACUUCAUUAUCCAAAGAAGAAUAUAGGCGAAGAAAAUGGCGUCCUUCAAAAAAUACAUCGUUUGAACAUUUACCAAAUGAAAUACUUCUAGAAAUUUUCAAUCAUCUCACUCUAGUUGAUAUUUAUUCCAUAUUUUAUGGUUUAAAUUCACGUCUUAAUCAAUUAAUUGUUUUUUCAUGUAUUCGAGGUUUAAUUAUACAUACUACAAAAGAAAAUAAUCUUUAUCUUAAACAUAUUUUACCUAAUAUUCCACCAUGGCAAAUUAAUACACUUAAAUUAUGGCAUAAUAGUUCUUAUGAACAAUUACUCAAUGAUUUUCCCGUGAAUUUAUAUCAAGUACAUACAUUAGUAUUACGCCGAUUGAAAAAUCUUUCAUUUUAUCAAUGUAGACAACUACUUAAACAUUUUCAAUGUUUAGAAACAUUAACAAUGAUUGAUUUUAAUACAGCUCAGCUUGAUUGGCUUGAUGAUAAUAAUUGGAAAAAUCUUAUUGAUAUUGAUUUACCACAUCUUCGUCAUCUUGAUGUACGAAUUUGUGUUAUUUAUCAUAAACAAAUCUAUGACGAUGAUAAAGAUAAUAUUAUUUAUAGUUUUACAUCACGAUAUGCUCGUCCAAAUUAUCGUUUAUAUACAGGUAGUUUAUUGAAGAAAAAUCCUAUUUUAGAAAUAUGUUUAACUAUUGAUCAAAUAUUUCCUGUACGAUAA